AUGUGGAUAUUACCCCUGGUCGGCUAUCUAGGCCUAGCGCUUGGGUUCUCCUUCCUGACACUUGCGAUCGCAUCUGGCCUGUACUAUCUCUCCGAGCUAGUCGAAGAGCAUACCGUUCUGGCCAANAAACUCUUGACUCGGCUUAUAUAUCUGGUUGUCGCCAUCCAAGUAUUGCUGGCUCUCUUCGACAAAUUUCCGCUGGGGCUCUCGGCUCUUGCUAUCGCCAGUCAUGGUGUUUACCACCAGAAUCUCCGCCGCUUCCCCAUUGUCAAGCUCACUGACCCUAUCUUCUUGCUGUCGCACUACAACUACUACGCCCCAAACGAGUCCAUCCCAAGCUUCAGCGAAGUCGCUGCCUUNUUUGGAAUACAAGUCUGGCUAGUGCCUUUCGCACUCUUCGUCUCGCUGUCUGCUGGCGAGAAUGUCUUGCCGAGUAUGGGCAGUGAAUACGCUACGGGAGCUGGCAGCAGCUUCAUUUCUGCUGGAAAGGAACCCGAUAAUGCUGCAACUGCUUACGCCUCGGCUUCCGGUUCACGUAGAUCGCGCUCUGGGACAAAUGCUGGUAUGGCCAAAGCUGCUGUCAUGGGCGUUCGUGAAUGGAUCGGCGAGACAGGAGAGCUUAUGGGCUUUUGGAGAGGCGAGCGAACGAGGCCUUUCUGA